UUUUAAAGGGGAAAUUUUGAUUCAGCGGGAUAUUUGAAUUGAAGACGAAACACCGGUGCACCGGUACCGAGCACGCGGAAUAAAUAACCCGUUUUAUGAAAGGUUUCGUUUGUGUUUCAGGUGAAAGUUUUAUUAAAAAGCGGGUCACGGUAUACUAUUUCGGUGAAUGUAGACAUACCAUCAGGUACAUCACAUGGUGUAUAGUGCAGUGGCAGUGCGGCUUGUGGAUAUGUGUAAACAAUAGAAAACAAUAGGAAACAAUAAUUAAGGAUUAUGGUCAAUUUCUCAAAAGUGUGUCGUCCUUUAAGGAAAUCAAGGACCUUAAUAGAAACUGUCAGACACAGAUCUGAAGCAGCUACUGUGGAAGCAAUAUGCCCUCAUUUGGAACAAUUUGAAAAUGCUAAACCCUAUUCAGAAAUACCUGGACCGAAAGCACUUCCCAUUAUCGGAAAUACUUGGAGGCUUAUGCCGUUAAUAGGUCAAUAUGAUAUAUCAGAUGUAGCAAAAUUAUCUCAGCUAUUUCACGAAGAAUAUGGAAAAAUGUGCAAACUUUCUGGUUUGGUUGGCAGGCCUGAUUUAUUAUUUGUUUAUGAUGCAGAUGAAAUCGAAAAAAUCUACAGACAAGAAGGUCCGACACCUUUUAGACCAUCAAUGCCUUGUUUAGUAAAGUAUAAGAGUCAAGUUAGAAAGAAGUUUUUCGGGGAUUUACCUGGAGUAGUUGGAGUACAUGGAGAACCCUGGAGACUGUUUAGGACGAGAGUACAAAAGCCAGUUUUACAAAUACAAACAGUUAAAAAGUAUAUUGAACCAAUAGAAACUGUAACCAAUGACUUUAUAUACAGAAUGCUCGAAAUGAAAGAUGAAAACAACGAAAUGCCUGCAGAUUUUGAUAAUGAAAUUCACAAAUGGGCUUUGGAAUGUAUUGGUCGGGUAUCUCUGGACACACGGUUGGGAUGUUUGGAGAAAAAUUUACCAGCCGAUUCAGAGCCUCAAAAAAUUAUAGACGCAGCAAAAUACGCUUUAAGAAAUGUGGCAAUUCUAGAACUUAAGUUUCCAUUUUGGAGAUACUUUCCAACAACUAUAUGGAAAAAUUAUGUCAAAAAUAUGGACUACUUCAUAGAAAUAUGCAUGAAACAUAUUGAUGCAGCAAUGGAAAGACUUAAAACAAAAAACGUAGAAAACGAAAAAGAUUUAUCUCUAGUAGAAAGAAUAUUGGCCAAUGAAAAAGAUCCAAAAAUGGCGUAUAUUUUAGCCUUAGAUUUGAUUUUAGUAGGAAUUGAUACGAUCUCUAUGGCCGUUUGUUCAAUUUUAUACCAGUUAGCAAUAAGACCAGAACAACAACAAAAAAUGUACGCGGAGUUAAAAACUGUAAUGCCAGAUCCAAAUGAACCAAUAGAUUCUAAAAAGUUGGACCAAUUGGUGUUUUUAAAAGCAUUUGUCAAGGAAGUUUUCAGAAGAUACUCUACAGUGAUCGGUAAUGGCAGGACUUUACAACAUGACACUGUCAUACAGGGAUAUCAAGUUCCACAAGGCACACAAGUAGUUUUUCCAACUUUAGUAACUGGAAGUAUGGAAGAAUACGUUACAAAUCCAAAAGAGUUCCUUCCAGAACGCUGGUUAAAAUCAGAUAUUGAUAAUAAAAUCCAUCCAUUUGCUUCCUUGCCGUAUGGUUAUGGAGCUAGAAUGUGCCUGGGUAGACGAUUUGCUGAUUUGGAAAUCCAAGUACUUUUAGCUAAAUUAAUUCGUUCAUAUCAAUUGGAAUACCAUUACGUGCCUCUGGAAUAUAAGGUUACCUUCAUGUAUGCUCCUGAAGGAAAGCUUAAAUUUAAAAUGACUAAAAGGAAGGAAUAACAUUGGUUUUAUUAAUAGUUAUAAUUUAUUGUAGAAUAAUUUAUGCAAAUACAAUUUAUUGAAAUGAA